UUGAGCAGCCAAACGGAACGGACACACUGCACGGCCAAACAACCAGCCACAACCAACCAACCGACUGACUCUUGUUGACUCUCUCGCUGUUGUUUAUAAAACAGUUGUUUUUUUAUUAACGCUUGUUUUUGUAAUUUUGGCUAUAGCUACUACACACAUACCCAUUCCUAUGCGGACUAUCUAGACUAUAAUAUUGCAUACGAUAUACUUUCCAUACGCGCACAUAAUUUUUAUUUCGGUAUAUCUAGUCGCUCAGUUUAAUUUUGCCUUACUAGCGGGAAAUACGUACAUAAAUUGACGUAUGGUGGUGGGUUCUCGCGUUCCUUUGAGGCACUUUUUUUUGGGUUUUUAAUUCCGUCACAACGCAUUGAAAAAUAAUAAAAAAACGUACUCUUCGGCCGUUCCUUAACAAAUCUAUUUGUUGUUAAUACAUUUGUUGUUAACACGAAAAAAAUAAUAACAAAAAAGAACGCAAAAUGAAUUGGUUACUCGUGUCGUUUAUAACGGUUUUAACGGUUGCACUGCAUAAAGAAAUCUACUGUCUAGUAUUAACGGAAAUCGAAGGACCAUCACUAGUUGUUAUCGAUGAUGAAAAUGUGGACCCGAUACCGAUGAAUUGUCACUUUAAAGUGGAAGAAGCAAGUAAUUCGCUCGUUGUAAAAUGGAGCAAAGAUAAUAAAGUGCUCUUCCAAUAUAUCAAAGGACAUGGCGCAAAUGUUAUCCCUGACUUCAAAGGUGUCGUAGAAUCUUUAUCAUCCGAUCCGAACGAUGAAGAAAGCGGCAUACGUCUGCUAAAUCCAACAAUUGAGACUUCUGGCACGUACAGGUGUAACAUACAAACGGAUAAGAAGACAAUAUCCAUGGAUAAAGAAUUGCAUAUAAUUGAUAUACAAAAUUACACGCAUACACUCAAGCACAAUCGUAUACAAAAUGAAACACAUUUGGAAUGUCAAAUUUGGAAUGUAUAUCCCAAACCAACGCUGGUUAUACAGACCUGGGAUGGUGAACAAAUUCAAAUUAUUUCAAGCGAUGCCAAUAUGCUUAACGAUGGUAAAUUUCAAGUCAACGCAACAGCUGUUAUAAGAACGGAUGACGAAAACAUCGAGGAAUAUAAAUGCGUUUCCAUAUUUGAUGGUUUAUUAUUUAACUUAACAACGAAUAUAAUUUCAGGUAGUAUGUCCUUUAGCAGACCUGAAUGGAGCCAUCUUUUAUUAACUGGUUUUAUAGCACUUGUUACUUAUCUAAACAUUUAGUUAUUAAUUUCUAAUGCUACUUACGCUUACUAACUAUUGUAAUUUAUUUGUUGGUUUUGUAAAUAUUUUUAUAAGAUUAUAGCGAAAAUAUAUAUGUAAAUAUAAAACUAAUUGUGUACAUGUGUAA